CAAAGAAGAAUGUUCUAUGGUCACGCACAUUAUUCACCAUUUCUAAGGACGGGUGCAAUAAACAUGCUCAAGCAGCGGCUAUGUUGCACUUUAAAUUCCAGAGUCAUAAUUUAGGGACGCUCUGCUCAUUUUCCUGAGGUAGAAACCAAGACGCCUAAAUUGAAACUAACCAGAAUCCACGGCCCACUUCCACUUGCACGGUACGAUCGUGUUGAAUUUGUUCCACAUGGGUUUUCUACACAUUAUUAUUUUGUGCGGUAUAUUAAGGUAUAGUUGUACCGUACGCGUACGUACGUACGUAUACAUGCUGCAUGCAUGCAUGCUGAACUCGAUGAGGCCGCGCGUUGCGCUCGAAGCAUGCUAGUUUUAGAGGGAAAGGAAGAAAACGAGGGUCUUCAUAAUCAGAUGCAGUAAGACUUGAAAUUCGUCAACUAAACCAGAUGAAGCGGUGUGAGGCAACAUAUAUUCAUUCUACAGUCCGACAGAAGUAGGACUUUUGGAAGGACUGCAUUCCUGCUCCUCAGCCUCGGCGCUGACUUUCCUCGACACGAGACAAGUACUGAAGUCUGAAGUAGAAUCUACUGUCAGUGUCAGUAAAUGACCAUCAACUGAGCUCAGUCAAGUCAUGUUUCUGUGACAGGAUGAUGAUGGAGACACCAAAUAGCAGUCAUCAGUUUUAAAGCUAAGUUUCAGUACUCUCAUUCUCAAACCUGAAGUAUUAUGAGGCAGGAUAUCAAUGACAUGUGGUAACUUUUCUUGUGAUGCCAGAAAACAAUAAUUUAGUGUCAUUUUUUAGGGAAUAAAAUUACAAUAAAAAUGAGUCGCCAGAGAGGAGCAAAGUUGUUGGAGGUGGGUGAUAGGAGGGAGGUAUUUGUAACUGCAUUUGAAGUUGAUAAGCAAGAGAAUGCAUUUCGAUUUUGGGGACAGUUUGACAAUGAAUCUGUGGAGAGGCUGGAGACUUUGAUGCAAGAAGCACAAGUGCACGCAGAGCAAGAUGUGUUCCCACCUGUGGGAUCACUUUCGGCAGGGAUACGUGCCUAGCAAAAUUUAUGGAAGAUGGGCAGUGGUAUCGCGCAAGAGUGGAGAGCGUCACUGGCAAUGAUGUCAUUGCAUACUUCAUAGAUUUUGGGAACACAGAGAUCAUUCCAAGAGUCAGAGUGAGGACUGUUCAGAAAACGAAGAGUGUUUUUGAUCUACCACCGCAAGCGACUAAUUGCAAACUUGCCAAUGUGGAACCUAUGCUGGAACAUUCAUCUUUGAAGGCAGGCACGUAUGAUUACAUACGCAAGCAGCUAGAAUACCAAACCUUCGCAGCAGAAGUUAUUGCAAAAAUUGGAGGGAACCUGGAGGUGAAGCUGUGUGAUAUAGGCAGUGGGAAGGACGUUGCGCAAAACAUAAUCCGUGAUGGAUUCGGACAAGCAGCUACCGGUGAAGCCAGCCCAUCAAAGAAGAAUGGAUUCAAGACGAUGGGACUGGACGUCGGCAGUCGAGAUCGUGUCUUUGUUAGCAAUGUCAACACUCCAAACCAGUUCUGGAUUCAACAAGAGAUGAUGACAAAGGACUUAGAUGAACUCAUGAAUGACAUGCUGACUCACUACUCACAGGCACCAAACAGCACUUCCAAGAAGAGGCGUUUUUCGAAAGGAGACCCUUGUGUGACUACUUUUUCAGAUGAUGGUAGCUACUACAGAGCUGUGAUCACAAAUACAAUGGGCCCUAACAAUUAUGAAGUGUUCUUUAUUGAUUAUGGCAACUCGGACAUCAAAAGAGGGGAGGAUUUGUUAGAGGUGCACCCCAAAUUCCUCCUCCUACCUGCAGUUGCUAUCGAGUCCUGCCUGAGUGAUGUAGACCCAGAUUCUUGUAAUUCUGAUGCAACUGCUGGAAGGUUUGAAGAACUGGUAGUAGAGAAGACAGUUUGCUGCAAAGUGACCAAAAGGAUUGGAGACAAGUGUUCGUUGCUCAUGGUGGAUCCAACAGGUGGAGAAAACGCUGACAUCGCAAAUGCGUUGGUGAAGGAGGGGCUCGCAGGACGUCCAAGUCAGGGUAGCAGUCCACAAGCAAAGCAAAGCCCUCAUCAGGGGUACAGUGCUCGCAAUAUCCCAGCUAGAGCUGGAGAUGCUGGAGAGUCUCCAGCUAGGGAGUUGGAUUUCAACCUGCCCAAGUUCAAGAAACCGCAGAUAAGAGUUGGUGAUCAGCUGGAUGUGCAAAUAACCUUUGUGAAAAGUGGAGCAGAUUUUUCUUGCCACCUAAUGAAAGAUGCAGACAAGUUUGAUCCAAUGAUUGAUAAUCUUCAUCAAGCCUACUCUAAUAUCUCUCCUGGGGAUCAAGGGAUCCGGCAAGUUGCAGGAGGCCUUCCAUGCUGUGUACAGUUCUCAGAAGACAAUGCAUGGUAUCGGGCAGAGGUGACGUAUGUACGGGGCCAAGAUGUUGAAGUGCGCUAUGUGGAUUAUGGCAAUUGUGAGACAGUUACACCAGCUCAGUUGAAAAAUCUAAAGCCACAGUUCUUCAGUCUACCUAUCCAGUCUAUUUUAUGUAAUCUUGAUGGUAUCUCACACACCAAGGCUUCCAAGUCCACAGAAGUGAAGGACUUCAUGGAUUCAACCAUAGCUGAACUUGACCUGGUGGCUACAAUAGUUGGUGAGCAGAGAGGCACAUAUACUAUUAAACUCACUGAUCGCUCCAGUGGAGAUAAUAUCAACAGUAUGGUUGCUAAUAUGCUACAGGAUAGCAGCCCCAGAGGAUCACCAAGAGCAGAAAUGCUGAAGGAGUACAAGACACAGACAUUGAGGGAAGGAGAGGAGCUACCGGUCUUCAUCGGCCAUGUUGAUGAUCAGGGCAAGUGCUAUGUCCAGAAGUCAUCGACAGUUGGAGAGCUAGAAGCCCUUAUGGAGCACAUGAGCCAGCAGUUUGCAAACUUUGGAUCUAGCAUCCCAAAGUUGACAAUAGGGAUGUCAUGUGGAGCCCAGUAUUCAGCAGAUCAGGCAUGGUAUCGAGCCAAGAUCACUGGCAUUCGUAAGAAUGGGGACGUCGAAGUCACUUUUGUGGAUUAUGGCAAUUCUGAAAUGGUGAAUCCAGGUCAGAUCAAGAUGUUGUCUCCAGACAUGCUUGAGUUACCUGCGCAGGCCAUUGCCUGUCUCCUAAUUGGCCUUCCUGCUGGCCAACAGACAAGUGAAGAAGUUGCCAAGCUUCAGGGAUACAUAGAGAGUGAAUGCACCCUUGAAGUGAAAGGAAAAGACAGGAUCAGUGGUGUUUACAAUGUGCGCCUAAUUUCAGAUGGGAAGUGCAUCAAUGAUCAGUUUAGACAGCCUGUUCAACAGAGAAGACAGGAUCAGAAUGAACGUAUUGUAAAGUCACCCCCUCGCAGUGAUGGCUACAGUUCAGAAAGAUCACGUCCAGAGAGAGAGAGAUAUGGAUCACAUGCUAAGUCACCACCACAGAAUGAUAGAUUUGGUCAGCAUAUAGGCAAAGGCAGUCGUUUCAACAGUGAUGGCAGUGGUGAUGCCCCAGAUAAUUCAAGAUUCUCGAAACCACGUGGAGAUAGAGCUUCGGUGUCUUCUAAUGUGUCGGACAGGUCCAACAAAUCUGGUGGUCGUAGUUCUCGCUCAGAUGACUCAAGAGGUAAGGGAUCUGGCAGAAGGUCAGAUGCUGUUUCAUCUCCCACUAACAAAGAACCAGCAGUCCCUCUUCAAUUCAAGGAGGUUACGUUUCCAUCUAAAGGAACAGUGGAUGUCUUCCUUUCACACAUUAAUAGUCCCAGUGAAUUCUGGUGUCAAACAGCAGAAUCAACGCCCCAGCUUCAUAGAGUGAUGUCAGAACUGCAUGCCAGGUACAGUAGCCUUCGUCCAAAUGACAAGAGACUGAGUAACACGACAGUUGGGACACCAUGUGUUGCCAAGUUUUCAGAUGAUCAGUGCUGGUAUAGAGCUGUUGUUGUGAACAAGUAUGUCAGGAAGAUAGAAGUGAUGUUCGUUGACUAUGGAAAUUCUGAAAAAAUGGCACUUGGCAACUUAAAGGAAAUUUUACCUGACUUGGUGAAAUUGCCAGUGCUUGCUGUCAAGUGUAGUUUGCAGGGUGACCAAGAGUGGCAGAGUGCACAAAUUGAUGCAAUGAAAGAAGUUGCAAAUCAGGUUGGGCCAUUCAAUUGUGAGGUAAAAACUGCAGACUGUGGAGUAUACGAAGUAGAGCUGAAAUGGAAAGGGAAAAGAAUGACUCAAGAAUUGAACAAGAUCAAGCUACCAGCUCCACCAGUGGUGCCUCCUUCCAGGAAAGAAAUGACAGCAGUGGCAGCUCCAGUCCUACAAGUACAAGAGGCUCCAACCACUACAAGGUCAACACCAGUGUUAAGUGUUAAGAUUCCAUCAGAGCAGAAAAGCUUGGUAGUUGACCAGAUUGAGGAUGUUGUCAUCUCCUACUGGGAAGGCCCUUUCAAGUUCUGGUGUCAAUUGGCCAAGAAGAGUCCAGAGUUAGAUGCAGUAAUGGAUGGUCUUGCUAAUGCAGAGUCGCAGAAGAAAGUAGAUCCAUCUGCUGUGCGAGAAGGGCUAGUAUGCUGCGCAAAGUUUGCUGAUGAUGGUGCAUGGUAUCGUGCAAGAAUCACCAAAGUCAUUCCAGCUGGUUCCCCAGAAGUACUCUUCAUUGAUUACGGAAAUCAAAGUUCUGUGCCGGUAGAUGACUUGAGGGUCCUAGCUAGUAACUUGACUGUACUCCCUGCCCAGGCAAUGCAGUGCAAUCUCUAUGGCCUCUCCCCUGCCCAGGCCCUGUCAACUCCAGCUGUAGAGAAGUUCACUGAGCUGACAUCAGAGAAACAGCUGGUGGCGAAGGUCUUCAAGAAUGAUGUGUCCACACUAACGGUCACCUUGCAUGACACAAAUACAGAGGAUGACAUUGACAUCACAGAAGAAAUCAAGAAGGAUGUCGGUGAUGUGAAGGAACCAAGUUCAUACCCUCUUUCAGAAGUCAGCACUUCGACAGAAACUGUUUAUGUUACCAAUAUUGAUGCUAACUCUGGCAAAGUCUUCCUUCAACUUGCCUCUUGUACUGAGGAACUAGACUCAAUAACAUCUACCCUGCAAUCUGUCUAUGGAUCAUGUAGUCCCACAGAACAUCAGCUUCUCCAACCUGUUCCUAGUCAAGCUUGCUGCACCAAGUUUUCAGAAGAUGAACAGUGGUAUAGAGGUGUCAUCACUGCUACCACUUCUUCCACGGCUUCGGUCCUCUUCAUUGACUAUGGAAACAGUGAAGAAAAGCCCAUUAAUGAGUUAAAGCAGCCGACCGAAGACCUUCUCAAAGUGCCACAAAUUGCUCUGGAAUGUUGUCUAGAUGGAGUGCAAUUGUUACCUUGGACACAGGGGGCUGCUGAUCAUUUCCUGAACAUCACUGCAGAGAAAGAGGUAUCCUGUACCUUUUCAAGCACCACUCAUCCAUGUUCUGUUUCUCUAAGAGAUGACGCAGUGGAUAUCAAUGCAGAGAUGGUGAAAUUUACAGGUGCAGGAACAAUAGCACAACCAACAGAGUAUCCCCUCCCAUCUGUCAGUGCAGGAGCUCAUCUGGGGUAUGUUGUCAAUGUCGAUGCUGGAAGUGGUAAAGUCUAUGUCCAACGUUCAUCUGCAACGGAACAACUGGACUCGGUAACAGCUAUGCUGGAAGCCACAUAUGGGUCAUGUGGCAGUGAUCUUCAACUUGCAGCACCAGUAGUAAAACAGGCAUGCUGCACAAGGUUCUCAGAGGAUGGCCAGUGGUAUAGAGGCAGCAUUACCACAAUCUCAGAUAAGUCAGCUCAUGUCUUCUUUGUAGACUAUGGCAACAGUGAGGAAAAACCAGUCAGUGAGUUGAUGACUCCAACACCGGAGCUACUCAAGAUACCACAGAUUGCUUUGGAGUGUUCUCUGGAUGGAGUUCCCAAGUCUCCAUGGCAACAAGAUGCUGCAGAUCAUCUGAUCAAUGCUUCAGCAGAGAAAGAACUGACCUGCUCGGUAUCAACCACAAGCCCUUUUGUUGUUCAUCUGAAAGAUAAUGAUGUUGACUUAAAUGCUGACAUAGUCAAACUAGUAAAGGGUGUAGAGAGCAAAGUUUCAGACCCAGUGGUAUCAUACGCAUCUCCACAACUAGCUUCUGGAGUACAAGCAGGCUAUGCUGUAAACGUAGAUGCAACAACAGGAAAGAUCUUCAUCCAGCUAGCGUCUGCAACGGAACAGCUUGACACUAUCACAACACUACUGGAAAGUACUUACAGCUCCUGCAGUGAAAGUGAACAUCAACUCCAGCAACUAUCAGGAGACCAAGCAUGCUGUACAAAGUUCACAGAAGAUGAGCAGUGGUACCGAGGCAUUGUCAUGACAACGACCUCAUCCACUGCCAAUGUGUUCUUUAUUGACUAUGGGAACAGCGAAGAGAAGCAGUUCUCAGACUUGAAGGCUCCUACAGCAGAACUCUUGAAACUACCACAAGCUGCCAUAGAAUGUCGGCUGAUUGGUUUGGCAGAAGUGCCAUGGCAACAGGAUGCUGUGGACCAUUUCUUGAACAUCACCUCUGAGAAGGAGCUCACCUGCUCAUUUGAUGCAACCAAGAAGCCUGUCCUGGUCAAGUUGAAGGAUGGUGAGAAGGACAUCAAUACUGACAUGAUGGCUCUUGUAGGUGAGAAGCCAAAGGAAAGUCCUGAAGAAGUAAAAGAGUACAAGUCCUUGAGUACCUCACUUCAGGAGCAAAAGAGAGCUGAGAUUUACAUAACUGCAACCACUUCACCAAGUGAGUUUUGGAUCCAGCCCCUAGCCGGAGAAGAAGCCCUUGCCAUACUCAUGGAUGAACUGAACACCUACGCUGAGAAUCCAGACACCACUGCACUCGUCAACCCUACAGUGGGAGCUCCUUGCGUGGCCAAGUACUCGAGCGAUGAAGGAUGGUAUAGAGCAAUCGUCACGUCCUUGGAGAAGGAUUCUGCAACUGUCCAAUUUGUAGACUAUGGAAACUCAGAUUCUGUUGGGUUGGUGGACCUGAAGGUGAUAACUCCAGAGUUGAUGGUGCUGGAAUCCCAGGUCAUACGUGGUUCUCUUGACGGUGUCGGCCCGGUAGAUGGGGGCCAGUGGAGUGGUUCAGCUGCUGAGUUCCUUGAGACUGCUGUGGCUGACAAACUGUUGCUGAUGGUAGUGGUUGGUGAAUCAAAUGGUACCUUAGCAGUGAAAUUGAUGGACAUGGGCAUGAAUAUCGGAGAUGUGAUGGUAGACAAAGGCCAUGCUGUGUCUACUGCUGAAAGGGUCAGGCAGUUUCCCUCUGUUACUUCCAUUGCCUCUACAGCCAGCUCGUCAGGUGAAGCCUUAGAACAAGCAUCCCUUGAGUUAGUGGAGCAGGUUCUCUCUGCAAGCCUUCAUGAGCUAGGACUUGAUGUAAGCGAGGACGGGAUGGAUCUUGCCGAAGCAGACAUGGAUACUGGUUUACCAGUGGUAGUAGAGGAGAAACAGGAGACCGAAGCCAUAGCCCACAUGGUGCUUGAGAAUCUCCUUGCAGAGAUCACAGGCAAUAUCUCGCUGAAUCUGCUUGGUGUGCAAGUAGAUCAGGAGGUAAGCAGUGCUGACAAGGAGCAGAAAGAAGGAGAGACAGAAGACGACGGAGUAGAGGAAGAUCAGGAAGCAGAAGGUGAAGAGCCUUCACAGGGAGUCAAAUCUGAAGAAGAUGUCUUCGAUGGGAACAAAGAAAUUGAGGAGAUGCCAGAAGAGCAGAAAGCAGAAGAGGAUAUUAUGAUGGAGGAAGACAAAACGGAACAUGCUGCACUAGUUGGACAGAAGGAAACUGAUGAAGCCCCAGAAGGCACUGAUGACCACCAGGAGGUAGAGAGCCUGCAGCCUUCAGAGACCAACCCUCAAGAAGAAGUUGCAGUCGCGGAAGAUGUCCAGGAAGAUGUCCAGGGCAUGGCGGGAGAGAUGCCUGAAGAUGAUACUCCAGAGGACGAGACACCGGUGGAUGCAGUUCCUGAGGAUGUGGUUGCAGAGGGUGAGGCCAGAGAUGAACCUAAGCAACAGGCUGAGGGCGAGACUGAGAAUUUGGGAGACGGCGUAACGGAAGAUGUACCUGAGGCGGAUGCAGCCGUGCAGGAAGAUGAAUCCCUCAAAUCGGACAAGGCCUUCCAGUCGGACGAGGACUGCUUCAAGGAUGCGGUUGCCGCGGAAGCAGACCAGCACAAAG